AUGGAGUACGUGAGCCCCGAAGGCCUUCGCCUCGACGGUCGCCGCCCAACGGAGAUGAGGCAGUUUCGUGCAGAAGUAGGCGUAGUAGCGAAAGCUGAUGGUUCGGCUUCUUUUGAAAUGGGUAACACCAAAGUCAUUGCUGCAGUCUAUGGUCCUCGAGAGGUCCAAAACAAGGGUCAACAAAUGAAUGGCCAGGCUUUGGUGCGGUGUGAGUAUAGCAUGGCUAAUUUCAGUACUGGAGAUCGCAUGAGAAAACCAAAGGGUGACAGGAGAUCCACAGAGAUAUCUUUGGUUAUUCGCCAAACAAUGGAAGCUUGCAUAUUGACACACCUCAUGCCUCGUUCUCAGAUAGAUAUAUUCGUCCAAGUUCUCCAAGCAGAUGGAGGGACAAGAUCAGCAUGCAUAAAUGCGGCAACCUUGGCCCUGGCUGAUGCUGGGAUACCUAUGCGGGAUCUUGUUACCUCUUGCAGCGCUGGAUACCUUAAUAACAUUCCCCUGCUUGAUUUAAACUAUGUCGAAGACAGUGCUGGAGGUCCUGAUGUCACUGUGGGAAUUCUGCCCAAGUUGGACAAAGUGACUCUACUUCAGAUGGAUGCUAAAUUACCAAUCGAUAUUUUUGAAAAUGUCAUGCAACUAGCAAUAGAAGGUUGCAAAGCAGUGGCAAAUUACAUUCGAGAAAUAUUGCUCGAAAAUACUAAGAAAUUAGAGUUUCGCAGGGGUGUAUAG